GCCCGACAGCGCAGGAGGUUUAGGUAGGUACUGCCCUGGGAAGUAGAGAGUCCGCUGUAGUCAACGCGGAACAACGCCAUUUCAGCAUUUAACUACGUUGGUCAAGGGACUGCGCACCUACUCUCAGCAUGGCGGUGGAUAUCUACGACUCUCAGUACCUUCUCAUCCUGGCCCCAUCCCUCGUCAUCGCCCUCAUGUUCCUCUUCUUCUGGCUCUUCAUGAAGGAGACCUCCUAUGAUGAAGUGCUCGCCAAGCAGAAGCGAGACCUCAAGCUGCCCCUGUUCAGGGCUGACGUCCGCAAGAAGGGGGACAAGAAGAAGAGCAAAAAGAAGGAGAACGCCGGAGGCGGUGGUGGCGGUGUCGCCGGAGGAGGAGGGGAGUCGGAGGAGGAUCAGAGGGACUUUGACCUGACUGACGCCGCCAGCAGCUCCUCUCCUGAGCUGGAGGAUGAGCCCGAGCAAGCGAUCCUACCCACCGCUGCUCCUGUGUUUGUGGCCGCGCCGGUGGAGGCCCCAGCUGGUUUGAGAGAGAGGAAGAAGAAGGAGAAGAAAGCAGCCAAAGCAGCCGCAGCCGCCGCAGCAGCAGCAGCAGCAGCAGCAGCAGCCACCGCAGCAGCUCCUUCUACUCCCACUCCCACUGAGGAACCAGCGAUGAACGGCUCCCGGCCCGCUAGCCGUAAGUCAGAGGCGCCUCUGUCGGUGAGCAAGCGGCCCGGCUCGGCCUCUCCCAAGCCUGACGUCCAGGCCCCGGUCGUGGCCCAGGUCCUGGCCCAGGUGCAGACACCUCCUCUGACCUCUGGGAAGAAGAAGGACAAGAAGAAGCAGAAAGUUGAAGCAGUUGAGGACCAGCAGCAGGAGAUUAAAGUCGAGCAGGUCGCAGCUCCGGCUCCAGUCAAGAAAGAGGUUCACCUGAUGUCAGAGACCAGCUUGCCUCCUGCCACCACCGGCGGCAAGAAGAAGAACUCUGCCAAGAAGCAGAAGGCUGAGUCUGUGGACGAGCCCCACGUGCUAGUCGAGUCCGCCGCUCCAGCAAACCACCAGGCGGCUCCCAACGACAACAGCGCUCCCUCCAAGGGGAGUGGCAAGAAGCAGAAGAACGAAACAGACAAAGUGGAGAACGCGGAGAUGAAGCUGAAGGAGCUUAUUGGUGGCCUGUCUAGCAUGGCUCUGACUGAGGCCGAGGUCGUGAGCGUGAUGGCCCUCCUCUGUGACAAGAGCCCCCACGCGCUUGAAACCUGGCACAAGUCUGCUGCGAAGGCUGACCCAGAAGCCCAGGAGAGGGAGAGACUCUUCAUCACCCAGAGGGAGGAGGCCUCCAUUGCCAAGGACAAAGUGAAGCAGCUCAGCCAGGAGCUGCAGGUGGAGAAGCAGAAGACCGGCCGGGCGGAGUCUAUGCUGAGGGAGCAGCACGCAGUCAUGCAGAAGGAGCUGGGAGGUAUGCAGGCUAAAACCCAGAGCGGCUACCAGGAGCUUCAGGCCAUGCAGAUUAACAUGAGGGAGCAGCUGGAGGGCCAGAUCAGUCGUCUCAAGCAGGAGAACAGCAUCCUGAGGGACGCCGUCAGCUCCGCUGCCAACCAGAUGGAGAGCAAGAACUCUGCCGAGCUGAACAAGCUGCGCUCCGAGUACUCGGGGCUGAUGAAGGAGCUGACGGAGACCAACGGCAAGCUGCAGCAGGAGGAGCACCAGAGGAAGGGGCUGGAGGUCGGCUACAAGCAGAACGUGUCCCAGCUGGAGGCUCAGCUGCAGGACACCAAGAGACACUGGGAAGAGCUCCAGAACUACCACUACAAAGUCAACGCUGAGCGGGAGAAACUCCAAGCAGCCAAACAAGAGCUGCAGAACCAGCUGCUCUCUGUGGAGACUGAGAUGAACAGCAAGAACAACGAGAUCCAGAACCUCCACGGCAGCCUGCAGGAGGCCAUCGUGUCCAAGGACCGCGUGGAGCAGAGGGUGCGCCAGCUGCUGGAGGUCACCCAGCACAGCAUGCCUGAUGAGACCCUGCAGGCCCAGGUCCAGGAACUCCUGAACGAGAACAAAGGUCUUCAGGUGCAGAUUGAGUCCCAACAACACCAGAAUGAGAACCUUCAGGCCCAGAUGUCUUCCCAGGCAACCCACAUCUCCCACUUUGAGGAGCUGCAGAAGCUGCUGGCAGAGAAGGAGCUGCAGAGGAAGAGCCUGGAAGACUCUCUGAGCGCGGAGCGGAGCAGCGGGGCCGUCCGAGAGACCAACAUGCAGGCCAUUCACAAUGAGAGCAGGGCCCUGAUGGCAGAGCUUCUGAAACUGAAGACUCAGAUUUCUGAACAGAAUGACUCUCGGCUAGCACUGGACCAGAUCCAGAUGAGCGUUCAGGAACGGGAAGAGAACAUCAAGACGGUGGAGGACCUGCUGAAGACCGGCCUCAUCGAGGUGGCCAACAAGGAGGAGGAGCUCCAGGCCGUGAGGGAGGAGAACCAGGCCCUGAAGAGGGACGUGGAGGCCAUGAAGAGGGACGUGGAGGCCCUGAGGCAGCAGGCCUCAGAGCAGAUUACAUCGGAGACAACGGUUGAGGAACUGAAAUCCCAGCUUCAGCAGAAGGACGGGGAGCUCCUCUCCAUGGACGAACGUCUACAGGCGUCGCUGGGCUGCAGCUCAGCCACCGAGCAGACCGUCGCGGUGCUGGAGCGGGAGAUCGAAUGCCUGCAGGUGGAGUCGGUGCAGAUGAGGCAGAGGGGGGAGCAGAGCAGUGCAGACGCCGGUGCCCAGGUGCUAGACCUCCAGGCCAAGCUGUGCUCGAAGGACGAGGAGCUCCACGCUCUGCAGGGUGAGCUGGAGGCCCGGACCAGGGAGGUGAGCCAGCAAGUGGAGCAGCUGCAGCAGCAGCAGUCCCAAAGUGUGACACCAAGCCCAGAACUCCUUGCAGCGUUGUCUGAGAAGGACAGGCAGGUGUCUGACCUGCAGGUCGAGCUGUCUGAGCUCAGAGACUCUGUGGAGCUUCACAGGAAGAAAAACAACGAGCUACGGGAGAAAAACUGGAGUGUAAUGGAGGCUCUGUCAGCCACCGAGGCCCUGCUUCAGGGGAAGCUCAGCAAGGCAGUCAAGGAGAGCCAGACAGCGCUGGACUCCACCCAGGCUGAGUGUCGCGACGCGCUGCACAGACUGCUGCCCCACGUGGCCCUGCCCAGCGGACAGAACCACGAGGAGUGGCUGAACAGGUUCGAGCAGGCCGCUGCUGAGAGCUCCGCUGCCCAGUCCAAUUGUGCCCCUGCAUCAGGGGAGCUAGAGGGGCUGCAGGAGAAGCUGAAGGAGACAGAAGAAGCCCAGAAGGUUAUGCAGAAGGACUGCGAGACGUACAAGAAGGUGUUGGCCGAGACGGAGGGCAUCCUGCAGAGGCUGCAGAGCAGCGUGGAGAGCGAAGAGUCUCGCUGGAAGUUGAAACUGGAAGUGUCUCAGGGAGAGCUCGGAGAGAUGAAUGUGAAAGUCGCGGCGUUAGAGCAGGAGAUCGAGAGACUAAGUGACGGCGCCGAGUUGGAAAAUUUGAGACGAGAGAAGCAGCAGUUGGAGGCCGAGCUGGACAGGGCAGAGCGAGAGAGCACUACCUAUGUCACGGAGGUCAAAGAGCUCAAAGAUCUCUUGACUGAGCUGCAGAGCAAACUGGACGGCUCAUACACUGAGGCCGUCCGGCAGAACGAGCAGCUGAUCGUGCUGAAGACCCAGCUGACUCGGACAGUGUCCAAACUGCAGACGGAGGAGAGCGAACGACAUAAAGUGGCUGGUGACCUUUACAAGGCCCAGCAGUAUCUGGACCUGAUCCAGGAAGAGCUUUCCAAGGAGACGGGCAACGCAGACCUCAUAGAGAACAGUAUGUCUCAGACGGAGGAGAAUGACAGGAAGGUGAAGAUGACUCCAGGGCUGACCCAAACCGUGAGGGAGCUGCAGCUGCUCAUACAAAACGUCAACCAGCAACUAACCAAGGGACAGGAUGCGGAGGCUGACAAAGACUUGCCUGAAGUAUAGGCAGCGGAGGCUGCCCUCCCCCACCCCCCUCCCCUUCCUCCAGCAGCCAGCCUGACCUCACUACAGAGAGACCACUCUAGUCCUCUACCCCCCCCCCCCCCCCACACACACACACACCCUGUCCAACACCACCACAAACACAACCCCGUCACCACCACCACAAACGCAGCCCCGUCACCACCACCCUUCCACCCUCACCUCUGCACACCGGCGCUGCAGGUGGACUCUGACCCAGUGUCCCGGGCUCACCGGACCAUAUGUCACCCAGAUCACUCGACGCCAGUGAACCCUGUGGCUCGUGUUUACCAUCUGUAUAAGCGCCGUAACACACCUUUCUACCACUGCGCUCUCUCACUACAUUCCUCUACUCCAGUGGCCCCCCCCCCUUUGUCCCCGACACCGGGCCUCCUUUAAUCUGUGUGGAAACCCCCUCUAUGUUUAGAACACAGUUAUCAGAACAAAAACCUUUUUGUGAACAGGAGAACCUUAUCGAACAAACGUUGAGUUCUCAAGUCCUUACUUUCUGGGUUUAAUAAUGUGUUUUAAGUGUUUUACCAGUUAGGACCCCCUGAACCUAAGUCUUUCGCCGUUGUUUGUCUCCCGUCCGAACCCCUGUCGUCCCAGCAUCGUCGUUCAUCCAGGAGCCGGUGCACCCAGGACCCCUUCAUCUGGUGCUGGGUGGAGGUGGGAGGCUGGGGUGGGGGUGAUCAGGAGGGAUCAAGGCGGCACGUUCAGAGCGUCACUCCCAGCGCUAAACGGGGGAGACGCGUGGAUGAGUGUGUGUCUGUGCGUGCGUGCGUGUGCGUGUGUGUGUACUGUUCAGUGUACCGCAGCUCCAAAGAAAUGGGGGGGUCCGCGCCCCAGUCUGGCGGAGAGUGUUGGUCGAUUUGUAAUCCUACUGUAACGACUAUAGGAAUAGGCGUCCCAUAUCGUCUGUAACCACCACUCGCUAUAUACUGUCGCUAAAUUCAUUAACACUGAAUAUUUUCUUCUUUUUGUAACAGGUGACAGUUAAUAAAAGGGAUGCUUGGUAAAUCUGCCCCGGCCUCCUGUGUUUCUG